AUGGACAUCCUUCCCCAAGAGCUUCUUCUCGAAAUCUUCACCUACCUCCCAGCUGAAGAUCUCCUAUCCCUAACCCUCACAUGCCACAAAUUUAAUGAAAUCAUCAGCAACAACUCAAAACUGUUGGAAAACUUUGAAAUUCAAUUUAUAUCUGAUUAUGCCAACAACGAGUGGAUUGGAAGUCGAAAGUACACAAGAUUUUUCAUAGAUGGAUUUUCAGGCAUUUACUUCCUUUACAUUCUCAAAGAUAUUGGACAUGAUAUUGAUACUUUAGUCAUUAAUUGUAGUGAAUUUGCCGUUGCUUACGUUAAACAAAUGCUUUUGAUGUGCGAAAAUUUAAAAAAUUUAACAAUUUACAAUGCGACAGAUGAUUCAGAUCCACAAGACUAUGGAUAUCCAUUUUUAAAGUAUGAUUUGGAUUAUUUUUACUUCCGUGGUGACAUUGAUGUCUUCAAAUUGUUUGUUGAAUGUACAGCUAAAGAACUGGAUGUAAGAAGAGAUUAUGACGAUGAGUCAAAGGACGUUAGCGGUCUUAAAACUUUUCUGAAGGCUCAGAAAAGCUUGACUGACCUAAAAAUGGAACAUUUUGAUAAAACAUCAUCACUUUUUGACGAUGACAGCUUGGUGUCUUUAAAAUUCAAGCUUAAAAACCUAAAACUUAAGAACUUUGAUGACUAUUGCAGCUACAAUUUUUGGGAAUUUUUGGAGAACCACAAGGAGUCUUUACAGUAUCUGGAAGUCUGUUUUGUGAACCAUGAAGCAAUCACGCCAUUCAGAAAAUUCAGGAACCUUAAGACCCUCAAAAUGUACAACAUGUGUUCGGAUUUUAGUGAAUUAUGCUCAGUUGAGACUUUAUAUCUUAAGGAUGUCGACGGAAAAUGGUCAGAAAAAUUCAAAAAUGUCAAAAAUCUUGUAAUUUCACAAAAUGUCGAGGAAGUGGCUCAAGUUGAAACUUUGAAAAAAUUAGAUAACCUCAAAAUCUCAAAUUGUUCAAUCCCAACACUCAAAAUUCCAACAGUUAAGCGCCUAACCCUCAAACGAGUCGAACUUGAAUCAAUAAAACCAUUCGAGUAUGAAGAUGGAUGUGAAAUUGAGGAACUUAAGAUAAUUAAGUGUAAAAAUGUUGAAUGGUUGCUCGAAUUUUUGAUCCACAAAACAUUCAAUUUAAAGACUUUGGUCAUUAAAAAGUCAAUUUUGAUCGAUGAUGAUCUAAAAUUCAUCGAAGAUUACAAAAAUCGAAUUAAAAAUGUGGAAAUUAUUGACUGUUUUGGAGUAUCUGCUGAGGAUAUUGAUGAUGAUGAGAACACUGAUGAUGAUGACUUCAGCAGUGAAGAUGAGGAUGACAAUGACGAAGAAGAAGCAGACGAAGACAAUCAAGAAGAAAACAGUGACGAAGAAGACGACGAAUCAGGAUCUGAUGACGAAGAUGCUGACAGUGGAAAUGAAGAAAAUAGCAAUAAUGAAGAGCAGGACGACGAGGAGUCAUCAGAAAGUGGAAGCAGUAGUUCAAGUGACGAUAGUGAAGAUGAUGAUCAGCCAGACCAAGAACACAGCAUUAAGUGUCAGUCAGGAAGACCAAAACUACCGAAAAAGUACAGAAAAUAUUGUGCAAAACCUAAAAGCUCAGCCACAAAUGAUGCUGAUGAGCAGCAUAAUGAGAUUGAAUCUGAAAUUGGUGAAGGGUCCAAUGUUGACGGAAAUAAUGAAAGUAUGGGAGAUUCAGAUAGGAACUCGAAAGAUGACAGAUAA